UUUUAAAAUCGACCAAAUGCUAUCGUCGUGACAUCAUCAACCUGAGACGAGGAAGCAGCGCUGAAAACUGAAAAUGCUUUUCUACUCAUUUUUCAAGUCCCUGGUGGGGAAGGACGUGGUGGUGGAGCUGAAAAAUGACUUGAGCAUCUGUGGAACACUUCACUCGGUUGAUCAGUACCUGAACAUUAAACUGACAGACAUCAGUGUCACGGAUCCAGAGAAAUAUCCACACAUGUUAUCGGUGAAGAACUGUUUCAUCCGAGGCUCUGUGGUGCGAUACGUCCAACUACCUGCAGACGAGGUCGACACCCAGCUGUUACAGGACGCAGCGCGCAAGGAGGCCCUGCAACAGAAGCAGUGAUGCUUUAACACAUGACAUCAUGGCUGGGGGGGGGGGGGGGGAUUUGGAAGAUGGACAGAUUAUGUUUUAGUUAGGUGUAAACAAUCCAAAUUAAUUUAAUCUGUUUGCAUAGAAGCCCCUGAAAUGUUUUCCUUGUUGUCUAGCCUGGUUUGCCACAUUGGUAUUGCAGUGCUUUAGUGUCACCUACCUCAAAUGCCAACUAAGGUCUCCCAGCACUUGAUACCCUACUGUUUUGUAAACAUUCGGACAACACUUCCUGUUUCCUAUACUAUACAGCACCACUAUUUGUUGAUGUCAGAAAUGACCAGAUUCUGUCUGUUUUAUUUUAUUGGUGUCCUUGUGAAGCAGUAUCCAGAAUUAAUAUAUUCUCCUUCUGAAGACUGUUCUUCUGCUCAGAUGGAGAAUAUUCUCUGCUUUUUCUUUUUCUAAAACCAGUUUUGAGUUUGUAUGACUCAUGUUAUUUGCAUCACCUUUUUGAUUUGUAGAUAAACCUUGUUUAAAUCCUGUU